CUCACAUGCACUAGUUUGACAAGUCCGACGCCUAAAUUAUUGGACGAAUUGACAAUUAUUGCUCUCUCUGUCUCUGUCUGUCUGGUUCCAAGAUAGUGGUUUUCCGACGGGCCGAGACAGCAUGGGGAAUUGCAUGGAGACAUGCGGGGACAGCCGGCGGGAGGGAGAGAAAGGGAAAGGGGAAGCGGAAGGGGAAGGGGAAGGAGGGUUUGCCAAGGAAAGCGGUUUCGAGAGCGGCAGCGGCGGCGGCGUGAGGAUAAAGGUGGUUUUGACGAAGGAGGAGCUGGAGUGGUUGGUUUUCCGGCUGAAGGAGAAGGGAGGGAUGACGAGGGUGGAGGAGGUCUUGGGAGAGAUAGAGAGAGGGAGAUCAUCGUCGCCGGCGGCCGGAAAAGCUGCCGAUGGGUGGAAGCCUUCUCUAGAGAGCAUCAUGGAAAGCCCUGAUCAAUUGGUGGAGAUGAACAGGUAAAGCAAAGUGAAUUACCAUUAAUUAAUUAAGCCAUGGAUCUUCCAUUAAUGCCGAUCCUGCCAAGCUCUGUAACCAAUUAUGUUUUUGUAUUGAUGGGAAGUUCUAGCUGCUUGAUGAGAGGAAGAAGAUGAUGAUUAAAGACUAGAUAGUUGUUCAAUUGCUGUACUCUCUAGGGUUUUUUAUGUGCUUGAUGAUGAUGAUGAUAACUCAAAGAUUGUAAUAUUUGAGAGCCUUUUUUUCUUUGGGUUUAAAACUGGGUAUCAAUAUAUAUAUUAUUAUUGAAACUCAUAAUUUAUGUA